AUGUCUCGCGGGCCGAAUGUGGCCCGCAGGCCGUACAAUGCCCAGGUCUGGCUUAGAGUGUGGAAACAGUUUUUCUCGUCAGAUGGACAAAAACCGUAUCAGUGCUCACAGUGUGGGAAGAGUUUUAUUACACAGAGUAAUCUUAAAGAACACCAGUGCAUUCACACUGGAGAGAAACCGUAUCAGUGCUCACAGUGUGGGAAGAGUUUUAAUAGACAGAGUAAUCUUAAAAUACACCAGCGCAUUCACACUGGAGAGAAACCAUAUCAAUGCUUACAGUGUGGAAAGAGUUUUAAUAGACAGAGUGAUCUUAAAAUACACCAGCGCAUUCACACUGGAGAAAAACCGUAUCAGUGCUCACAGUGUGGAAAGAGUUUUAAUAGACAGAGUAAUCUUAAAAUACACCAGCGCAUUCACACUGAAGAGAAACCAUAUCAGUGCUUACAGUGUGGAAAGAGUUUUAAUAGACAGACUGAUGUCAAAAAACACCAGCGCAUUCACACUGGAGAGAAACCGUAUCAAUGCUCACAGUGUGGAAAGAGUUUUAAUAGACAGAGUGAUUUUAAAAUACACCAGCGCAUUCACACCGGAGAGAAACCGUAUCAGUGCUCACAGUGUGGAAAGAGUUUUAGUUGUCAACGUUAUCUCAAAGAACACCAGCGCAUUCACACUGGAGAGAAACCAUAUCAGUGCUCAAAGUGUGGAAAGAGUUUUACUCAACAGAGUAAUCUCAAAUUACACCAGCGCAUUCACACUGGAGAGAAAUCGUAUCAGUGCUCACAGUGUGGAAAGAGUUUUAUUACACAGAGUAAUCUUAAAAUACACCAGCGCAUUCACACUGGAGAG